GCGACCAAUUGUAAACAAAAUGGCUUCUCGCAUAGGCGCAUAGGAGCUGCUGGUUUCCAUUCGAACAAGCCCCGAAACAUAAAUCGAAUCGAAGAUGAAAAAUCACGCACUGUCGUCAUCUGGUGCUAAAGUAGUUAUGGCAAGUUGUAACGUGGAGCGUUUGCUACCAUCAAGCAUCAUAGACGGGCGAUCGGAUACAUUCUGGAUGACGUCAGGCCUCUAUCCACAAUGUUUUGUGCUCGCUUUUCCGACACCAGUAAAUGUCGGCACUGUUUACAUGCAGAGUCACAACGUUAAAAGCAUCGUCUUAGAAGGCACCGCAGAGGAAGAACCAAAAGGAUUUUGCGAAAUCAUUGCCCAAGAACUACCAGCCAACAAUGGAGGGCUACAAAAGACCACGCUUCCAUCUGCAUGUACAGAGUGCAAAUAUUUAAAAGUUAUUAUUACCUCUGCACAUGACCACUUGUGUGCAGUCUAUGGCAUUCAAGUACUCUCUACUUCAUAGCCCUAGGAGUUUUUCUCACACAAAACCAAUAUUUUUCCAGUGAAGCUUGCCUUGUGAGCAGGUAACUGGAGCACAUGUGUCAUGUUCAAGUGGUUGAAGCAUGUAUGUAGUAUUUGUUUGAGGCGUAAUAAAAGUUGUACACUCU